AUGGCACCAGUAAAAGCUUAUAAAAUUCGUACUAAUGCCAAGGAGGAAUUAACAAAACAACUUGGCGAUCUUAAAGAAGAGCUUUCUAGUCUUAAAGUACAAAAGAUAGCUGGAGGCGCUGCAUCAAAUCGAGAAGUUCGUAAAUCUAUUGCAAGAGUAAAUACAGUUAUUUCACAAACACAACGUGCACAAAUUCGUCUUUAUUAUAAAGGUAAAAAAUAUAAACCUCUUGAUUUUAGACCAAAGAAAACCCGUGCAAUUCGUAGAAAGUUGACCAAGAAUGAAGCUUCAAAGAAAACUAGACGUGCUCAUGUUAAAGCUAUUCAUUUUCCACAACGUAAAUUUGCCAUAAAGGCAUAA